GACCCAAACCGAAAAGAUCCAAACCGGAACCGAACUGAUUGACCCAAUUGCCAGGUCUAUUUGUAACUCACAAUUUAUGUUUUUUGAAGCCUGAAAAGAAGAAUCCUGGACUAACGCCACUUGAUUGGGUUAAGUUUCUGAUUUCAGCUGCCAUUGGACUGGUAACUGUAGCCUCUCAGCUUGCCAAGUCCAAAGCUGAUAUAAAAGUCUUGGCAACUGUCUGCUCUGCGGUAGCUGGUUAUGUUGCUAAAACAUAUUUCACGUAUAAUAAGAAUUUGAGGGAUUAUCAGAAUUUAAUCACAAGAUCGAUGUAUGACAAACAACUAGAUAGUGGGAGAGGCACUUUGCUUCACCUAUGUGAUGAUGUGAUCCAACAGGAAGUUAAAGAAGUUAUUGUGUCUUUCUUUGUGCUGACGGAACAUGGAAAAUUCAACAGGCAGGGUCUUGACCAGAGAUGUGAGGAACUUAUCAAAGAGAAAUUCAACGAGAAUUGCAAUUUUGAUGUUGAUGAUGCAAUUCAGAAGUUAGAGAAGCUGGGCAUUGUUUAUAAGAAACAGGAUGGGCUGUACUCAUCGGUUGAUGUUAAAGAGGCAACUGAGAUGUUAGGCACUACCACAGAGGAAGUUGUGACCAAUGCUGUACAUCAGGGUCUUCAUUCAUGAUCCCUUUUAUUUUUUCGGUGUCGGGUUGAAAGGUAUGAGUAUCAGUUACAACCGAUUGGAUAAAAAGUGCAUUGUAAAUCAUGAACUGUUUAUUUCAUCCUCAAAGUGGCUGCUUAACAUUAGAGACUAGAGCCGAAAGCACUCAAUAUGACAUGAUAAAUUUGCUUAUUCGAU